UUUAAUUUAAGUACCAAUAAAAAUAAGAAUGGGGACUCAACACAGUACAAAACUCGGCCAAAAACAAGCCUCCCUCACCAAAGGGGACUUCAAAGUGAAGAUCUACCUCGAUCUUCCUACCUUCAUUACAAAAAUUAGAGUCACUGGAAACGAACAGGAAAGAGACUUUAGCAGUCUUGACCCGCCACAGGACAGAAGAAAGAGCCAUCUCGAAGAAAGUAUAAAACUUGUUGACGAUGAGGAUAUGAACGAAGCCUUGUUGGACUCCACACUUGAAGAUGUCGAAAGAGUGGCAGAUGGCAUUAUGCAGGAUUUAGACAAGAAGGCUGAUUAUUUUGAAAUAUCCAUGAAUAGUAAAGAGAAAUCAGAAGAUUUGUUGAAUAAAGUGCAGAAAUAUGUAUAUAUGCUAGAGUUGUACCAAAUUAGGAGAUAUCAUCAAAAUUCGAAAUUCAGCAGUGGGAGUGAUAGUGAUGAAGAACCUCCUGAGCCAUCUAAGUUUGAUAAGAUAAACUCUGAGUUUAGCUCAGUCGUUGAUGGUAGUCUGGGAAAUUCAGAGGAGAUUACUAUCCGGAAAAUUAUAGAAGGAUCUUCUUACAAGAAUUUUUCAAAGCUUCAUUGUAAAGUUAUUGGUCUAAAAACUUGCCAAUCAAUGGACGGAGUCGAUUUCCUUUUGAAUAAAAGAGAUGUGAAAGUCAAGUAUUUAAAUGAUGGUGACGAACUGGAAAUACUAUGGCUAGAUCUAGAUAACAAGGCUACAAAGAGAAGCUUCACCCACAAUUACAAUCGGUGUGAAAUAAUAAAAACAAUUGGGAAAGGUGGAUUCUCAUUAGUAUACUUGAUCAGAAAUUACAAAAUCACCAAGAAAAAUCGAGUUGGAUUUGGUCGUGGAAGAAUUCUGAAGAAAGAGGACAGUGAGAAAUAUGCUGAUCCUGACUUCAACAAGUUUAGUACUGCUAUUGAGGCGACUCCUUUUGCAAAGAGCCAGAACAGUUAUACUUUUAACCAGAAUUCUACGGAUAUUUAUGCAUUAAAGUCUAUGAGUAAGGCAAUGAUCUCUCAAUUCAAGCAAGCUGAUCAUGUAAUGAAUGAAAAAGAGAUAAUGAACUCGCUUGAUCAUCCCUUCAUUAUUAAGAUGCAUUACUCUUUCUCAACCAAAAAUUACCUGAACUUGGUCCUAGAUUAUUGACCAGGCGGUGAACUCUUUUUCCAUAUUUCGAAACAAAAGAGGUUUACAGAAGCAGUGGCUCGCUUUUACAUUGCAGAAGUUAUACUAGCUAUUGAGCAUCUUCAUGACAACAAUAUAAUUUAUAGAGACUUAAAGCCUGAAAAUGUGCUGAUAGACUACGAUGGGCAUAUAAAGCUCACAGAUUUCGGGCUCUCUGAGAUGAACUUUACUAAAGACUCUACUUCAAACAUUUUCUGUGGAAGUCCAGAGUACAUGGCUCCUGAGAUGAUCCUAAAAUAUGAUUACACGAGGAUGAUUGAUAUAUUCGCUAUUGGAGUCUUGCUAUAUGAGAUGAUCGCUGGAAUUCCAACCUUUUUCUCUCAAAAGAGGAGUGACUUGUUCUACAACAUUGUUAAUAACCAGCCCAAGUUCUCCAAACAUUUUUCAUCGAAGGCAAAGGAUUUUAUACGCAAAUUACUCAGAAAGGACUAUAUUCAGAGGUUAGGCUACCAGAAUGGAAUGAGUGAUGUUAAGAGCCAUCCUUUCUUUGAUGGGUUUGACUGGGAUAAAUUAUACAAUAAGGUGUAUACACCUCCUUAUCAGCCAUCCGCCAGGGAGAUAUACUUCUCUAGUGAAUUCACUUCGAUCCCGGUCGAGUUGAACUUUGAGGAGGAAGUUCUACAUAAGAGAUCCAGGAUGAGUGAAGUUGAGAAGAAAAAUGUACCUAUCCAAUCUUUAUUAAACAAAGAAGCCUCUACCUUUGGAGAGUAUGUUGCACCUGUAGUUGACGACUUUUCAGACGACUUAUCAGAGCCUCCAGCUCCAAAAAGAAAAUCUUCAGAACCCCCUUCAUGUAAAAAUUUUAAUACUCGGAUGGUAGUCGAGAAAAGAGAUAAAAAGCAAGCGGAGAAAAAACCUUUGAAAUCUGAGCAAGAAUCAAUGAAUGAUAAAACUCCUACAAAUAAUCAAAGAAAGAUAUCUGCAUUUGGAGAUUAUGUGCUGCAUAAUAAUAACACUUCAGGCAUUAAAAAUCUAGAGCAAAUUGGCCCUAAUGAAAAAGCGCCCACAGUGACUAGUAUCAAACUUAAGAAGCCAGGAGAGACAACUCCAGAAACUUCAGAGAGUCCACAGACGGAGGAACAAACUGCAAAGUUUGGUAGCUCCAUGAAGAAAAAGCUCAAGAGCUUUCCGACACAAAACUUCAAUAUCACCAAUAAUCAGGCUCAAAAAUGUGUAGAAAAGUAUGACAUAAAGAGCUAUAAAAGAUCAGAAUCAGUAAUGAACUUAAAACUCGAUCAUUUGAUGACCAACAACAUCGUAUCUGAAAGACAUCGUAUUGAUCCACGAGAAUUGGAUAGCCCAAGAGACAAGUCUAGUGAAGAGACAUCUGAAGAAUUUGACCUUUCAUGAUCUGAAGAGGAUGAAGAGGAAGAGCAAAAGCAAUCAAAAGGAUAUACCAGAAUUGAGACUAUUCAAGAGCUUGAACGUGAAGACACGCUUGGCUACCUUGACUCUAAUCCAAAGAAGAACUUUCUGUUUAGUACUAAUUCUGAAAUUGCAGAUUUUAGUAUUGAUGAAAAUGAUGGGUUCGUUCAGCGAAUUCCAAGCUAUCCAAUCAGGAAAAGUAUUGUUACAGGGAAAUCUCCAAUAAUGACUGGCUGAGGGAAGCCUCUCCUUAUGAGAGAUAAGUCAAAGACUGGUCCUGUAAAUUACUCUAGUAGGGCUAAAUGAGAACCCCAGAAUACUUCCAAUAUAGAGUUUGACUAUAAAGAGAUAGGAGAUGAUGAACUUCUCUAUCUUUUUAACGAAACUACAACUGAGGGGAACGAAGAAGGGAACAUGAAGAGUAUUGCUAAUGCUAUUAAAAGAUCAUCAGUCAAGAUGUGAACUCCUAAAUCUUUGAACGAAAAUAUAUUUUACCCUCGGCCGAUAGAACCUUUAAAAAUUACUAAAAACACUGCUUCCAAAGGUUUAAAAAGCCAGCUCCCUCUUCACUUGGCUAAAGAGAUCUCUGAUGCUAACCAAGAUGUGAAUUUUGAAAGCUUUAUAGAAUUUAAUGGCACAGUAGAUAAUUCAGUCUCUGAAGAACUAAAAGUUACUGACAAAGUUCCUCAGAGUCCUCAAAAGAAGUCUGAAAACCCUUUUCUAAGCUGUGACAUUGAAAAUCUUGAAGACAGCAAAUCAACUGUAAAGAAAUCAGGUAUGAGUAUCAAUGAAGAAGAAAAACACCUCAGAACAGAGUUCGAGAAACAUUGAAACCACAGGCUCGACUUAUCCCUAAAUGACUCUAUUACGCCUCCUGAAGGAGCGUCCAAGGUAAAUACACAGUCAACGCCACAGAACUAUUUCAGACGAAUUCAUACCUGCUCGAAGGUUGGCGCUUCAAAUGAAGAAGAUAACUUAGACAAUUCUCUGCAAGUGAGUAAUCAGCUGAGAACCAAUUCUCUGAAGGGAUUCCUAACUUCAGAGCACAACGCUCCUUACAGAAAUCAUUUUGAAGGUCUGAAGAAUCCGUUCAGUGAUGCUCCAAAUAGCACUAGGCUGAGAAGCUGCUGUUCCAAGAAAGCUCCAGCCAGUGGAGUACAAUCAGCUAUGCCUCUGGGUGUAAGUCGCUUCAAGGGCAGUAAAAUGCAUCCUAGUUGAAAAAGACAGUCUGAUAAUAUCAUUAGUAAGAAAACUAGGAUUAAGUUCAAAGUAUCCCAAGAAACAGUUAAAAUGCAACGUAAUAAUGAGAUAAGCACUCAAAAAUUUGAUAUUAGUGGACGUCAGAGCUGGACUGAGACAUACCGUUCUGAAAGGUCCCAUAAAAGUAGCACACACUGUAAAAGGCCAUCAAAGGGCAAAGAUAUGCAUUACUAUACAGAGAAAUUCAUCAAAAAUAUCCUAGGAAGCAAGAAAGAUGAUUAAACAC